AUGGCGGCCCUCGCCCGCCUGCUGGGCCGUCUCCUCUGGCCGGCCGGCAAGGAAGAGGAGGCGGAGGAGGAGAGGGAGGAAGAGGAGGCGGCGGCGGGGAGCCGGGUCCCCGGCGGGCCGCAGCCUCUCCUGGCCGCGCCGCGAUGCGUCCAGUGGCCGCACGGGGGUGCGGCGGCAGCCUGGGGCCUGCGCUUCGGGGCCAGCGCCGUGCAGGGCUGGCGCGCGCGCAUGGAGGACGCGCACUGCGCGCGGCUCGAGUUACCCGGACUGCCCCCGGGCUGGGCUUUCUUCGCGGUCUUCGACGGCCACGGCGGGGCGCGAGCUGCCCGCUUCUGCGCGCGCCACCUGGCAAGCCACGCGCUCGAGGCGCUGGGCCCCGCGCCCUGCGAACCCGAGGGCGUCCGCGGGGCGCUGCGCCGGGCCUUCCUGAGCGCCGACGCGCGACUGCGUGCGCUCUGGCCCCGCGGCGACCCCGGCGGCUCCACGGCCGUGGCGCUGCUCGUCUCCCCGCGCUUCCUGUACCUGGCGCACUGCGGGGACUCGCGCGCCGUGCUGAGCCGCGCCGGCGCCGUGGCCUUCCGCACGGAGGACCACCGGCCGCUGCGGCCGCGGGAACGCGAGCGCAUCCGCGACGCCGGCGGCACCAUCCGGCUCCGGCGCGUCGAGGGCUCCCUGGCCGUGUCGCGAGCGCUGGGGGACUUUGCCUUCAAGCAGGUGCCGGGGAGGCCCCCCGAGCAGCAGCUGGUUUCCGCGGAGCCCGAGGUGACCGCGCUGGCACGCCGCGCUGAAGAUGAGUUCGUGCUCCUGGCCUCGGACGGCGUGUGGGACGCCCUGUCCGGAGCGGCCCUGGCGGAGCUGGUGGCUUCGCGCCUCGCCCUGGGCCUGGCCCCGGAGCUUCUGUGCGCCCAGCUGUUGGACACGUGUCUGUGCAAGGGCAGCCUGGACAACAUGACCUGCAUCCUGGUCUGCUUCCCGGGCGCCCCCGGGCCCUCUGAGGAGGCGGUCCGGAGGGAGCAGGCGCUGGAUGCGGUGCUGGGCCGCAGAGUCGCAGAGCUGUGCGCCUCUGCCCGGGUGCCCCCCACCCUCAACGCGGUGUUCAGGACCCUGGCCUCAGAGCACGUCCCGGAUCUACCUCCCGGGGGAGGGCUGCACUGCAAGGCUGCGGUCAUCGCCCAAGCUUACAGAGAGUGCUGCGGGCAGGUCUGCCGGGAGGGGGAGCUCCGCCGUCCACACCCAGGAGCAGAGACGACAGAAACCAACCCCAGCGUUUUGAAAUGAAGACAGCUGAAGGGCUCCUAUCAGAUCACCGGGCUCAAUAACCUCCCCUUCCCUCCCCUCUCCUCCCACGCCCUUCCCUCCCCUCUCCUCCUCUCCCCUUCCUUUCCUGUUUUUAUCAGUGUUCAGGGGGAG